CUCCGGGACAGACAGACUGACGGACGCUGACCCAGGUGCUGCCCGCCACCUCCGCCCGCAGCCAUGCCGGAAGUCCAGAGGAAAUCCAAGAUCACCGCCUCCCGCAAGCUCAUGCUGAAGAGCCUGAUGCUGGCCAAGGCCAAGGAGUGCUGGGACCAGGAGCUGGAGGAGCGGGAGGCCGAGAAGUCACGCUACCUGGCCGAGCGCAUCCCCACGCUGCAGACGCGCGGCCUGUCCCUCAGCGCCCUGCAGGACCUGUGCCGGGACCUGCAGGCCAAGGUGGAGGUGGUGGACGAGGAGAGAUACGACAUCGAGGCCAAAUGCCUCCACAACACCAGGGAGAUCAAGGACCUGAGGCUGAAGGUGCUGGACCUGCGCGGCAAGUUCAAGCGGCCGCCGCUCAGACGCGUGCGGGUCUCGGCCGACGCCAUGCUGCGGGCCCUGCUGGGCUCCAAGCACAAGGUGUCCAUGGACCUGCGCGCCAACCUCAAGUCCGUGAAGAAGGAGGACACGGAGAAGGAGCGGCCGGUGGAGGUGGGCGACUGGCGGAAGAAUGUGGAGGCCAUGUCGGGGAUGGAGGGCCGGAAGAAGAUGUUCGACGCGGCCAAGUCGCCGACCUCCCAGUAGAGGCUACUCGCUGCGCUGGCUCCGGACGCCUGCACCCCCCCCCUGCCUGUCCCUGCACCCCCCUGCCUGUCCCUGCACCCCCCUGCCUGUCCCUGCACACCCCCUGCCUGUCCCUGCACCACCCACCCCUCUGCCCCCUCCCUCUCCACCAGAGUGCCGUCCACGGAACUGGGAUCAGCAGACACAGAGGAGAACGCCAGUCUGAAGACCCCCCCUCAGCCUGGGGGACCCUCCCCUCGCCCCCCACCACUCCCUCUCGGCUGCUCUGACCUGCCGUGGCCCCCCUCCCCCCAUUAAAAUCAGUGUCGCCAG